UAAAUGCCGCUUGACCCUUUGGAAUACGCGGCACCGGCAAGGCCGUAGAGUAGGGGUAUAGGAGGCGUGGUGCGGUUUGGGGAUGUGCUGCUGUUUGUUUCAACUUACGCUGUGUAGAAGUGUUCAAACAUGAGUGCCAAACGGAAGGGUCGUGGCAAGAGUACUGCUGGGUCCAAGAAAUGGAAAGCUGAGUUGAUGAAUGAUUGCCCAGUCGUGUGCAUGAAUGCUUCAUAUAGCUCGGUUGAUUUCAAGGAGCUAUUUUCCAAAUUUUGGAACGGAGAAGUCGAAGAUCUACAAGACAGCCCUGCAACUGCCUUCAAGGAGCCCUUCAAAUGCUGCCAGCUGAAGAACUUCAUUUCCGACCACGAGUUCCUGGAUAGUUUAAAAGAUGAACUCCUCGAUCUGGACUUUGUAGAAAAGAACAACGACCUGUACAAGUUUCACCAGACCACCGACCUUGGCAAGAUGCAAACCCCACAUAUCCAGGGCCUGAAGAAGCUGCUCUUCAACACCAUGGUAGACUGGUUGAAGGAGGUGACAUCUAUUCCUUUGGACAACACCGUCGACAUGGGCUGUUCACGAUAUGAGUUUACAGACACGCUGCUGUGCCACGACGACGAGCUGGAGGGCCGGCGGAUGGCGUUCGUGCUGUACCUGGUGCCGCCCUGGCAGCCGGAGGACGGCGGCCUGCUCGACUUGUUCGACAGAGAUGAGCACGGCCAGCCGCGGCGCGUGGUGCGCUCCCUGCUGCCGACCAGCGGCUGCCUGGUGCUGUUCGAGGUCACGGCCGACUCGUUCCACCAGGUGUCCGAGCUGCUGACGUCCGACAAGGUGCGCCUGUCGGUGAACGGCUGGUUCCAUGGGCCGGCGGCGCCGCGGCCGCCGCCCUACAUCGAGCCGCGCCCGCAGGCCGAGCCGCCCGGCCACGUGCAGGAGGAGAUGGUCUACUCGUGGAUCAACCCGCUGUACCUGGCCGAGGAGACGCAGUCCUCCAUCCGGCAACAGUUCGAGGGCGACUCAGAGAUCCAGCUGGAGGGCUUCCUCCUGCCCGACAAAUACGCUGCCGUCAGCGCCGCUUUGCGGCAGAUCUCUGAGUGGGAGCUUGUCGGGCCGGCCAACAGGCGGCGCGUCGAGCGGUGCGCUCCGGCGAACCUGCCGCCGCCGCUGGCCGAAUGCGUGACGCUGCUGUGCUCCGAGGCCGUGUUCCUCAUCCUGAGUCAGCUGACCGGCCUGGUGUUACAUCCACUGGCUGUGACGUCGCAUGGGGAACGGGUCAACGGUGGUGCUGGUGGCAGCCAGGACAGCGAUAGUGAAGACGACGGCAAGGAUGGCAGUACGGCCGCCUGUCGGGCGCAGGUGCGCCGGUGGCGUCCGGGCGCCUACACGCUGGUGCACGACGACGAUUCUGCGCAGCGCGAGUGCGCGCUGGACGUCCGGCUCUGCGUACAGGCCGACGGCUGGCAGGACAAGCUGGGCGGCUUCACCUCCUACAUCGCCCGGGGCGAGGACACCGAGCUGCUGUCGGUCAGCCCCGAGUCGAACGCCCUCUCGCUGGUGUACAGGGACCGGGAGACGGUCGGCUUCGUCAAGCACAUCAACGCCCAGGCGCGGGAUCGGCAGCCGUUCUACGACAUAGCGUGCACCUACUACGAAUGAAGGCGCCGCGGCGCCGCCGAGGAGCACCACAGGAGCGCACCCCGCUCUGGAGUGUAGCCUUGGAUUCAGCCUGUUUCAGAAUGGCGGCGAAAAUUUUUAAUCAAAUACAGUUUCGGAGGAAGAGUGGAAA